CGACUCGAAUGGCGGAGGUGACCACCGUUUCCGAGGCAACUCACCGUUUCUGCAGCAGUCGCAGCAGCCGGGACGGCCACCUCUGCAGCUCGUCUUCGCGCGUCUGUCAGAAGGAGCCAGGCCCUCGGAAGCACGCCCACUGCCAUGUUCUCUGGUGUCCUAGCAACCAGAAACUCAUCUGCGCUCUGGCCAGGACAGAAGCCAUUUUCUCCCUGACUUCUGUGACUUGCAGCCUCCGUGGGUCUCUGAGCACCUGUUUGUGCAGCUUGUGGGUCCACUGAAAGCUACCACCUGUCCCCGGGGACACUCAGAACCCCAGGCCAGCUGACCCUCCUGGCAGAAUGAGCUUCUCACUCACAUUCUCUGAGCUGGUCAACAUCGCCAUCCCACAGUGUGGCGUGGUAAACUUCAAGGCCCUGCACCUCCUGCUCCAUGGCAUCCUGGAGCACAUCCAUAUGUCUGAGCUCAAGAAGGUCCUCUCAGGGGACGAGGAUUUCCUCCAGUCCUCCUCACAGGCUGUGUUCAUGCCCCGGGAAGGGGACGCCCAGCCCAUCCUCAGCCCCAUGAAGAGGCUGAACAACAUCUUCGACCAUGUGGUGAAUCGCAUUGACAAGAUGGAGAGCCAGCUGGCUGUGCUGCAGGAUCUGCCCUCUACCUCUGAGCUGCUGGAGGCCAGCCAGGGGACCAGCCGGCCUGCCCAGGAACUGUGGCAGCUGAUAAAGCUCCAAAAAAUGGUGGAGGGUCAUCAGGAAGCCACAGAAAAGUCUAUGAAGACCCUGCAGGAUUUGCUCACCAACAUUCAUGCUCUCAAGGUCACCACGGAAACCCUAAGGAAGGAUGUGGACAUGCUAAAGAACAUGUUUGAUAAGAUACGCUUGGAAAAAAUAGACACUUCCUUUGAAGACUUGAAAGGGCAGAACCAGAAGAUGAAUAAGAUGCAGCAGGACAUGAUGACUCUUCAGAAAAAGAUUCUCACCAUCCCCAAAGCUGAGGACAUAGUACUCUGGAGCAGCCUCCAUGAGGCCAUGUUCACCCCAGAAGCUGCUUCACUACAGCUGGAAGAUUCUGAGCUGUGGCAGGUCGCAGAGCAGCUACAAGAAACUGACCUUCCCCAGACUACCACAUACCUCGAGAGUGUUGAUCAUAGCCAGGUCCCAGAGACCAUCCAACUCCCCAAGCUCCUGGAGUCCAUCUGGCAAUACCAGGCCCCAGGCCAACUACAGGAAGAGGAGUCUACCCAGGCAGUUCCAUUCACAGGGGCCGAGGAGCUGGGCCAGCCUCAGGUGCUCGAGCCUCAGUCAGCACCCAAGCCUGGACUUGUACCUGGACCUGAGCCUGGUUCUGUGCCAGGGCCAGAGGCUGAGCCCAUGUCUGCACUGGAGCCCAUGCUGGAACCCAGUCUGACACCUGGGUUCACGCUAGCACCUUGGCCUGCGUUCAGACCUGGGCCUGCCCCCAGACCUGGGCCUGCAUUUGGACCUGGGCCUGCAUUUGGACCUGGGCCUGCAUUUGGACCUGGGCCUGUGCAUGGACCUGAGCUUGCCCCUGGAGCAGUCCCCAGGCCUGGGCCUGGAUCAGUCCCCGAGCCUGGGCCUGCCCCACCCCCAGGCCUACAGCCCAUACCAGCAGGAUUCUGGCCUAUGCCUCUAGGAGGCUGGCCACCUCCGGGAGGCCGGCUGCCUCCCGGAGGCCGGCCACCUCCAGGAGGCUGGCCUCCUCCCAGAAGCUGGCCGCUUCCAGGAGGCUGGCCUCCUCCCAGAGGCUUGCCCAGACCUAGCACUGGGCCUUUUAGGGGACAACGUUACUUCCAGCCUGGCCCAGGCCCAUCGGGUCCCCUGUCUGCUCUGUUCCAGGGCCUCAGGGCCCCACGACCAGCCACAGAGUUUGGCUCAGCUUGGCCUCGUCAGGUACGGUUACAGUCUCACCAGCAGGCGAUUCACCAGCUCCCAGCUGUCUCAGAAAAUGAAGAUUACGCAGAAGUCUCUCCGGACAGAGCUCCCAAGGCUGAGGCCUCCAAGGAAGCACCCCUAAAGAGUCCCCGGUCUGCCUUUCAGCAAGUAAAAACCACUGCUGCCAUUGCAGCCGCCGCAGCUGCCGCCUAUGCAGCUGCUGCGGCUUCAGCAGCCCAGGCAGCGGAGGCUGCCAGCAAGGUCAUCAGGGAUGCGCCUGCCACCAAAUUGGCCUCCGUAGCAACGACCACGGCUGCAUCUGGGCCCUUAGGGGUUUUGGCAGACGUCAUGGGCGCAGGGUCUUUACGUGGGGCCACAACCUCCAUGGCCUUCACCAGUGAAACUGAGAUGGAAAACUUACAAGAGCUGGACUACGAAGACCUCACUUCUUUAUAUUCUUCUUAUAUCCCUCCUGAUACGGCCCUGUCCCAGGCCAUGCUAGCCGCCAAACAGGCUGUGACUCCUGAAGACAAGAAGAAAGCUGUCAGGUAUUCCAUGAACCACAUAGCCCAGAUGCCCAUUAGACACGACUCCCUGAAAGAAGAAUUUGCCCAGCUGUCGACCAACCUGCAACAGCGCUUGAGUUACCUAGCUAAUAUGGGAAUCUCUUCCAAGCUUGGGACAGCAGUGGACUCAUUGCAAGAAAAGGUUGUCAGCCUCCAGAAAUCCAGGAUGCAGGAGGAGGAACUCGAGAGAGUUUGGGGCCACCAAAUAGCGAUGAUGAAGGAUCACUACAUCGUGCUGGACAGGACAGUGGAUAAGAUCCAGAUUCGCCUGGAUGAGUUAAAGGCUCUCCAUGCACAAAUAAAAAGCCUAGAAAUGCAGAAGGCAGACAAAAGUAUGAUAGAGCAGGAAUUGAGAGAGAAAGCUGACAGGAGCACUCUGGCAGGCAAGGCAAACCGAGCCGACCUGGAGACGGUGGCAAUGGAGCUGAACGAGAUGAUUCAGGGCAUGCUGGGCAAGGUCAUGUCCCAUGAGGAUGACUGGAGGAAGGCUGUGAAGCAGCUCAACAAGGACCUGGGCACCAAGCUGGCCCGCAGGGAUUUGGACAAUCUAAAGAAAGACAUUGAGGAGAUCUGGCAAAUAGUCAGGAAGCUGCUGAUAGAAGGCCUCCGAUUCGACCCCGACAGCGCUGCCGGCUUUAGAAAGAAACUGUUUGAGCGGGUGAAAUGCAUUUCCUGCGACCGGCCUGUGGAGAUGAUGACUGGCCCGCAUCUCAUCACCAUCCGCAAAGCCCACCUGCUGCCACGGCGGCGGCCAGCCAGUGCCAACAGCUAUGAGUACCUGCAGCGGCAGCAGAUGAGGGAACAGCAUCAUCUCCAGCAGCUCCAGGACCUUGGAGACCACGAGGACUGGAGUGAUGGCCCUGGGAACGAUGCCAAGCUCAAGUCAUAUAACUUGUCGACACUCUACCCCUAUGGGGACCCUGAACUGAUGGACUAUGACACUGCCGAAGUGGACAUCCUUGGAGUGGACGGGAUCCUGUACAAGGGCCGAAUGAACAACCAGGACAGGGCACGGCCACUGACUGGUGUGGAGGAGCUGGCUGCCGCGAAGGUUCCGCAUCCCCCGACUCGAAACCUGUACACGCGUUUUGGUGCCAUCCACCCCUCCCUACACCCCCAUGCCGGCAUCUACUCAGCCCCCUCAGGCCCCCGCCCGAUGACACCAGCUCGCCCUCCAUCUCUGCCGCCCUUGCCACUGCUGCCACCGCUGAUGCCAUCCCUGCAGGAACCCCAGCAGGCCCCAGGGCCCACCAGGCACUCAAGGCCUCAGCGCCUCGUGUCACGAGCCAGCACGCAGCCUGCCUAG